AUGAUUGCUAGUCAAAUUGGUAUUGAUGAUAGAGAAAGUGUUAAAAGAAAUCGAGUACAAAUAGAAUUAUCCGAGAACAACAUUGUUGGUAAUCCAGGAUUACGUAAACUGAUUGAUAGCUAUCAUAUUGAUGUUAGAGAUGAAUUAAGAAGACGAUAUUUGGCUAAAGGGCCUUGUCAACCGUAUGAUCAUGAUUUUCCGAGGUCUUCAUUUGGCCACAAGCAUGGUGGAGAUACCAUUUUUACAGAAGUUGGUUUUAGAGAUUGGAAAACAGCCUUAGAAAAAAUUAAGGAACAUGAAGGUCCUUCAACAAGUGCACAUCGUUAUGCUAAGAUUCAGUGUUCGUCAUUUCAAGAUCAGCGACAUAAUGUUGAUUAUAUGUUGGCACAAAUAAGCAAGAAGGUAGAAGUUGAUUACCGUAUUCGGUUAACAACAGUUGUGGAUGCAAUCAGAGUUCUUUUACAACAAGGUUUGGCUUUCCAUGGACAUGACGAGUCAAAAAAGUCAAUGCAGAGAGGUAACUUUCUUGCACUUUUGAAAUGA